GGCUGGCUGGCAGGCGGCCCUGGGCUCGGCGGCGCCUGCGCUGCCUCUGCGACCGACCGGACCUACAGAACCAGCGGCUCCCCCAACCAAGCAACCCAACCCAACUCAACCCAACUCAACCCAACCAAACUCAACCCAACCCAAGCCAGCCAAGUCCAGCGGACGCAGCAAGCAGCGCAACCCAACCGGAGAGGAGGAGGAGGAGGAGGAGGGGGGGGGGGCUCCUUCGCUUCGCCUUGCUCGCUUCGCCUCGGGACCCCUCCCCGGCGUUUCUUGGGGGGCGGACGCCCCUCCCGUUCCUCUCCCUCCCUCCAGAGCCCAGCCGACGCCCGGGGCGACAUCUGGCCAGAGGUGGCGCGGCCGGCGGGGGCGCACCGGGGGUCGCAGAGCCUGGCCCGGCAUCGCCCCGAAAGGCGACGGCGCUUAAGGUGGCCUUGGCGACGGAUCGGAGCAGCUCCCGGGGGCGAUGAGCACCUCGCGUCCGCCUGGGGGCGUUUAAGAAACGACAUGGAAGCAGUUGGCAAAUUUGAAUUCAGCAGGAAAGAUCUGAUCGGGCAUGGAGCUUUUGCCGUGGUCUUCAAAGGCAGGCACAAAGAGAAACCCGAAGUCGAGGUGGCCAUCAAAUGCAUUAACAAGAAAAACUUGGCAAAAUCCCAGACUCUCUUGGGCAAGGAGAUCAAGAUAUUGAAGGAACUGAAACAUGAUAACAUCGUGGCUCUCUACGACUUCCAGGAGAUGGCAAACUCCGUUUAUUUGGUGAUGGAGUACUGCAACGGUGGAGAUUUGGCUGACUAUUUGCACAGUAUGAGAACUCUCAGCGAAGACACAAUCCGCCUCUUUUUCCAGCAAAUUGCAGGUGCCAUGAGAGUUUUGCACAGCAAAGGCAUCAUUCACAGAGAUCUCAAGCCCCAGAAUAUUCUGCUUUCCUUCACGGGAGGCAAGAAGUCGAAUCCGAAUAACAUCCGGAUCAAGAUCGCUGAUUUUGGAUUUGCACGCUACCUACAGAAUAAUAUGAUGGCAGCGACGCUGUGCGGGUCUCCCAUGUACAUGGCCCCAGAAGUAAUUAUGUCUCAACAUUACGAUGCCAAAGCUGAUCUGUGGAGCAUUGGGACGAUCAUCUACCAGUGCCUGACGGGAAAAGCACCGUUUCAGGCCAGCAGUCCCCAGGACCUGCGUCUCUUCUACGAGAAAAACAAGUUGCUUGUGCCAAACAUCCCAAGGGAAACCUCUGCCCAUUUGAGACAACUCCUCUUAGGGCUGUUGCAACGGAAUUACAAAGACCGCAUGGAUUUUGAUGAAUUUUUCCAUCACCCUUUCCUGGAUGCCAGUGCUUCUAUGAAAAAAUCUGCUUCUGUGCCAAUGCCUUCUUACCCAAGCUUGGGCUCAGGAAGUUCUUCCAGCAGUUCUUCCACUUCUCACUUAGCAUCACCUCCUUCGCUCGGCGAGAUGCCCCAUCUUCAGGAAAAGACCCCAGCCUCCCCACAGCCGGGCUCCCCAGCUUUCCUACACCGGUCAAAGGAAUCUGCGGGAAGCAGCAGCAAAAACUCGUCCUGUGACACCGAUGACUUUGUAAUGGUGCCAGCCCAGUUUACAAGUGAUAUCGCUGCGGAAGUUACGGGAGGCAAACUGAUCCAGGACAGUCUGAUGGGAAGUGGGAGCUCCCUGGUGACUUCUGCCGAUUUGGAAAGCCAAGGAAGGACGCCAUCUCCUUCUCCUCCAUACAGCAGUUCUCCUAGCCCAUCCGGGCGAUCGAGCCAAUUUUCAUCUGGCACCAGAACCGGACAAUCAAUACCCAUUCCAGUCCCUACGCAGAUCCAAAAUUACCGCCGGAUUGAGCAGAAUCUUCAAUCCCCCACUCAGUAUACUUUGCCACGGUCUAAUCCUGUCAAAAGAUCCGGCAGCACGAGUCCACUUGGCUUCCUGAAAGCCAGCCCAUCCCCUCCGUUUUCUGCUGGUGAGCAUGGAACAGUGCCAUCCCCUAGAAGGUUCUCCUUUGGUGGUGCCAAGCCUUACACACCUUCUCCUCAAGUUGGAACAAUUCCAGAGCAGUCAGACCAGAUGAUCAUCCCGUGUCCUCUUGGAACCGAGUUCAGAACUCGGGUGCCCAUAUCAGAUGCUUCAGGAUCGGAUCCUUCUCUGCGAGGACUGGGCUAUCGUCUUCACAGCGCUCCCAACCUCUCUGAUUUCCAUUCCUGCCGGCAAAAAGUCACCAAGCAGUACUCGGAUCCUCUGGUCCCCCACUUCAGCCCCGUCCCAGCUGCUCAGGCCACGCGGCUACCCAGCCUUCAGUCUGGUCGGCCCCUCAGGUCUUCUCCAAAGCUCGAAUUCAUGCAGAGGACUCCCUUGCCCACCAUUUUGGGUUCUCCAACAAAGGCAAGGUCCCCCUUUGAGUUCAGUAAAACCCCCAGCUCCCAAAAUCUGUUCACUCUCUUGGCCCACCAAGCUGUUGUCAUCACCCCAACGAGGAACAAAACACUGCCGGAUUUGAAAGAAAUGGGACACUUACCUUACCAACAAGGAGGCCUCAGUUUGAGGCCGAUGGAAGACGCCAAAGGCAGGUCACUCAGCACUGGCCGUCUCACCGACCUGCUUCUUAAAGCUGCUUUUGGGGAAGCUGGCAAUAGUGAUAGCCUCAACAACGAGAAGCCCAUGGAGAUAACAGCUCCUUCCGUGGGUUGUGGAGGAACCCUUCACUCGGGGGCCAGAGAAGGUUCUGGAAGCCCUUCACCGGUCAUCUUCACCGUUGGGUCACCUCCUGCUGGGACAACACCACCACAAACCACCCGAACCAGAAUGUAUUCAGUAGGAUCUUCAAGUUCUCUGAGUUCUGGAGGAUCUUUCAGUGGGCGCCACUUCAUUAUGGGAGCCGGUGGGGAAAUCCUUGAAGCUCCGUCAGGUCUCAGAUAUACAUUGGCUGAUCCAAUUGCUGCCAACCUGGAAGGAGCCGUUACCUUUGAGGCACCUGAGCUACCUGAGGAGACCCUCAUGGAACAAGAACACACGGACAUCUUACGCAGCUUGAGGUUCACGCUGGCUUUUGUCCACUACGUGAUGGAGCUCGCCACCAUCAAAGGAAGCGCCAGCGAGAUGUCCAGCUCGGUGGCCUCGGAGUACCAGCUCCAAGAAAGUGUCGUCGCUGACCAAAUCAGUUUGCUCAGCAAGGAAUGGAGCUACGCAGAACAGCUGGUCUUGUACUUGAAAGUGGCUGAAUUGUUGUCCGCUGGGCUUCAGAUGGCCAUUGACCAGAUCCGGGCAGGCAAACUGUGUCUCUCCUCCACUGUCAAGCAAAUUGUGAGAAAGCUCAACGACCUGUACAAAAGCAGCGUCUCUUCGUGCCAUCACCUGAACCUGAGGCUACAGAGGUGGUUCAUGGACAAACAGAAACUCAUGGACCGCAUCAACAGCAUCACAGCGGAGAAGCUCAUCUUCAGCCACGCUGUGCAGAUGGUUCAGGCUGCUGCUUUGGAUGAGAUGUUCCAUCACCGAGAAGACUGUGUCCAAAGAUACCAGAAAGCGUUGCUCUUGAUGGAAGGUCUCUUGAACUUCAUCACCGAGCAAGGAGAUGUUGAGAACAUCAAUAAAUGUAAAAUGUGCAUUGAACGACGGCUUUCCAGCUUGAUAUCAGGAAUCUGCGCAUGACAAUAAGCUUUAUUUCUUUUUUCCACGCAGGAGUAGCGCCUCUUUCCUGCUAACCCUGGUGCAAACUGGGGACAGGUAGAUACAAGAAGGACCCUUUUCCAACUGGUGGAAGAGGGCGGAGGAAACCAAGGACCAAAUCUGUUUUAUGGCCACUGGGUUUUUUUUCUGUGUUGUUUCUGAAGAAGAACCGAUGGGGUUAUGGCAAUGCCAGCUUUGGCCCCUCUUCAUUUGGAGAUACUUUUGUCUACUGCUGGCAGUGGACACCUGGAGGACUUCUUGUGAUUGGAAAGGUGAAGCUCAGUCAGGAAGGAAGAAUGUCCCUUGGGGGUGAACAGACCUCUACGGAUUUUUGUCUGGUUGUACGCUUGGGCCCUGUCCACCACUUCUCCCCAGGCUCCGUGUCCUUGGAUGUCCUUCAACAUCUCCCAAGCUUCUCAUCUCUCUUUGCAUGGGAAGAUGAUCUGGAGCUCGGCUUUGCUUCAGCCGACUUCACCCACUUGGGAUGCUGGAAAUUUAGACCUGAUGCUUUCCCACGGUGGAUGUGACGGGGCAUUCCUUCUUCAUCAAUGGGAAAGUGGGACAAAUCCAUAGAAGACCGUAGACUUCUUCCAAGCAGUUGGAGCCACGCAAUACAAUCUUCAAAGCUAUCGUGUUCCUUCUCAAGAAGCCAAAAAAAACCCAAAACCCCCCAUCUAUGGUUAAAGAGAUGCCUACUACACCGGUGCAAAGGGACAUUAAAUAAAUGCAUGGAAAUGACCCUCUCGUCCAAUUUAGGUAGCCGUGUUGUGAGAAGGCACCUCUUCUGGAGUAACCUUGGGGUUUUUUUUUUCUCUCUCUCAUCAAUAGCUUCUCUUCCCUGAGGGACAGGAAAAGAGAGGGAAGAAAACACAUAUGCAAUACACACACACACACACACUAGCUUUGUGAAUCAAAGGAGCACUUUAUGGAGAUGUUGAACUCGAUGGUUGUGUACUGGGAUAUUCUGUAACGGCUCCUGAGGUGUUCUACUGGACGGGACUUCUUCUUGACGUGUUCUGCUCUGUGCUAAUUUCAUCGUAGAGGGUUCCUUCAUGUGUUUUUUGUUUUGUUUUGUUUUCCUUUUCAGAAAUUGCACUACAAGUAUGUGUGGGUGUCUACACACACACACACACACACACACACACGUUGCUAAGAUCCAAUAUGUAUUUUUGUGUAUAUAAUGUAUAGCGUAAUCUUACAUGUUUUAACUGUACUGUAUGUUGUUAGAAUAAGGGGAAGGGAGGGAAUCAGCUACGCCUUUUCCUGUUCUCUGUAAUCCAGGUUGCUAACUUGAAUGUUUUCUAACAUCAGUGAUGGUCUGAUUUAUUCUAAUUUUCCUUUUCCUUUUCCUUUUCCUUCUCCUCCUUCCUCCUCCUCCUGCUUCUCCUCCUCCUCCUCCUCCUCUUGCUUCUCCUUCUCUUUCUCCUCCUCCUUCUCCCUCUUUUUCUCCUCCUCCGCCCCCCCCUCCCGUUCAAACCAACAUGGUUUUCGGAAGCUAAAGGAAAGGGUUGUGAUUGCUUGCGUAUUUGCAACUUUCUGCGUUUCUCCCCCCUCCCUCCCCCCGUUUUUGUUUUGCAAAGAAGUUUGUUUUAGUUGUCUGUUUUUCCGUUUUAGCAUUUAACUUAAAAUUUCCCAUUCCUCCCCGUUUCCAAAGCAAUGAAGUAGUAGUGCCCCAGCCCCCAAAAGAGAUGUUAGGGCAAGGUGUGUAUACGUUUCUGCAUUUUGAGGUGUGCGUGUUUUUGUUUGAGGGGGCGGCAGCGAAGGGGGGGGGCUGUACAUGCACCUUGUGACCUUGUGACGACGCUGUGAGCCGACGCUUGAGACACAACCCCGUGAGCUUCGUCUGUGUUGCGUGUUGUGCUUUUUUGUUUUGUGGUGUGUACAUUGGGUUCGUGUUUUUUGUUUUUUUGUUUUGUUUUUAACGGAGGGAUCCAAUGUUCGGUUCAUUUUUCUCCGUGCAAAGUGGAGGCUCUUGCAUGUAAAAUAUAACCUAGAUUUCAACAUUAACGUUCUCUUUCUUUUUAAUUUUUUUUCCUUUUCUAAAAUAAGAACGAGUCGAGUUUCUUUGCAUGCAGCCAGUUCACAAUCCAUCUCUUUUAUUUUCUUGUUAAGGAAGGAACAAUCUUAUUGACUUAGGAGCCAGUUUCUGUAACCUUUUUUUUUUAAUUUAAAAAAAAAAAAAGGUUAAAUCUACAUUGAAUGCAUUUAAAGGUUUUUUUAAAAAAAAAACCAGGAAAAAAAAAUCUCCCUCAUUUACACGGAUACGAGAUGGGUUUUUUUUUUUUCCCCACCAAUAUUUUCACCCACUUUUUGUUUACGGCGUUUUGGCAAUUUGACCGCGUUUAAAUUAGGUACAAAGAUGUUUGGUUUUCAAGAGAAAAAGAGGCUUUAUGGAUUAAAAGCCAUCACUGUUGAAUUGUGCCUAAAAACUAACAAGAAACCAGCAAAUGUUGUUUUAGCCCUCAUGAAAUAUUGGCCGGGAGUGGAGAUGCACAUCUUUACAUAGUAAUAAAAGAUAUCUUUGUCUCCAAGUAACCCAGCACUGCUAAACAUAUCUGGGUUUUAUCAAGCAUCAAGUUAUUAUCAAGCGCUAGCUAGAUGUUAGGAAUACAGUUCAGACAUUCUCAAGUAGGAACCACAGAUUGAAAAUUGGAAAUAGGAAUUUCUUCUGGCUAGUCCAGGGGUCGGCAACUUUAAACACUCAAAGAGCCACAAAGGUCCUAACCGGAAGCCCCCAUUCAAUUCUGGAGCCAACCAGAAGUCCGGUUCCCCCACCAUAGAGUCUCCUCCUAGCACGGCAUCCUUUUUCCUCUACCUGUCCUAACUGAAAGCCCUAUCAAUUGUGGAGCCGACCAGCAACAGGGAGCCGCAGCAAAGGGAAGAAAGAGCCACAUGCGGCUCCAGAGCCGCAGGUUGCUGACCCCUGGGCUAGUCCAUAAGAUGAAUAUUCAGUUUUGGAAAAAAAUCCUCUCGCACUGAGUGUUAGUCGGUUGGACUCCAAAAACUUCUCUAGAUGUGUAAAGCAGGCAAGAGAGGAAUUAGAAACUAGGAAGAUACCGUCAGGAAAAGCUCCAAAAUUGAGUUAAGGGAGGAAGAAUCUUCUCACCCCUUGAGAUGGAUGGGGUGAGAGCAAAUAAUGUCCUGGACUUGGAUAUUACUUAUCCCGAAGUCUGAUUCCCAUUGUGUUUGUAAUACUUGGUUGCGGCUUUUCUAUUGCUGUAUGUAUCUGCUAAGGGAUGCGGUGGCUCAGUGGCUAAGACGCUGAGCUUGUUGAUCAAAAGGUCGGCAGUUCAGCGGUUCAAAUCCUUAGCGCCGCAUAACGGGGUGAGCUCCCGUGACUUGUCCCAGCUUCUGCCAACCUAGCAGUUCGAAAGCACGUAAAAAAAAUGCAAGUAGAAAAAUAGGGACCACCUUUGGUGGGAAGGGAACAGCGUUCCGUGCGCCUUUGGUGUUGAGUCAUGCCGGCCACAUGACCACGGAGACGUCUUCGGACAGCACUGGCUCUUCGGCUUUGAAACGGAGAUGAGCACCGCCCCCUAGAGUCGGGAACGACUAGCACGUAUGUGCGAGGGGAAUCUUUACCUUUUAUGUAUCUGUUAGAACAUGGCUUGUAUCUGCAAUCUCUCUCUCUGCCUCUCUCUCUUUCUCCCUCUCUCCCCUCUCUCUCUCUCGUUUUCUUAUCUACCAAACAGCACCCCAGGCAAUCAACUGUGAAGGCAAUUUAUUUGUUUCAGCCCUUCGCACAUCUCUGCCCCCCACAAAAAAACAUUCAUUCUGAUGCCACCUACCCACAAAAUAUGAGACAAAUGUCAACAGACGACCCCCCCCUUCUCAUGAGUCUAUACCAAAAUAGAGCGAGGGGAAAUCUUAAGCCAUCUUCUCCUCUGCACAACUCUUAUUUUUUUUAUUAAAGAUUUUUUAUUAAAGUUUUCCCACCCCAUAAAUUAGAAAAAUUUUUUGUAAAGAAAAUAGAGAACACUUCCCUAUCUACUCUUCAAAACAUCCUAACAGAUCCCAACGUAAGAUCUUCCCUUCUGAAUUAUUCCAGAAUUCCCUUCUGGUCCUGAUUUAUUUAUUUAUUUAUUUUUCAAAGGUGAAUCUGGGUCAGUCCCCGGGAUCAGGGAUUUACUUUUUUGAGUUUUUGGACUUAUUCUGGAGUCCAUCUUUGGGGAACAUCUCUCUGUUGGCUGAUUGGUAUUAACAGAGUUGGAAGGGACUUUAUAGGUCAUCUAGUCCAACCCCCCACUCAAGCAGGAGACCCUAGACCAUUUCUGACAAAUGGCAGUCCAAUCUUUUCUUGAAGUGAUGAAGCUCCCACAACUUCUGAAGGCUCCUUCUGUUCCACUGGUUGAUUGUUCUCUCUGUCAGAAAGUUUCUCCUUAUUUCCAGGUUGAAUCUCUCCUUGUUCAGUCUCCAUCCAUUAUUCCUUGUCUGGCCUUCAGGUGCUUUGGAAAAUAGCUUGACCCCCCCCUCCUCUCUGUGGCAGCCCCUCAAAUAUUGGAAGACUGCUAUCCUGUCUCCCCUGGUCCUUCUCUUCAUUGGACUAGCCAUGCCCAGAUCACGUAACCGUUCUUCGUAUGUUUUAGCCCCCUAAACCAUCCAGGAUGCCAGUCCCCUAAUCAUCCUGGUUGCUCUCCUCUGCACUUUUUCUAGAGUUGACAGCUGGCAAUUGGUCGUUGUUUCCUUCUGCUGCCAAUCCCUCGGCUCUUCAGUAUUUGAUAAACUGGUGGUAAAUCAGCACUCCUGUUGACUGACAAGGAGCCCGUUUCCCAGACUUCAAUCUUUUCCCUGGCUGUUUUUGUCCCUGCUCGGCCAACAAUCUUAGUAGCUGCAAAAUUGAAUGUAUGUCCAUGCGAGACUACCAAUGAGUUUGGGUCUCCUCGUCUGACCGCUCACUCGUGUUCUUGCAAUCUGGUGGUUAGCUUCCUCCCCGUCUAAAACCUACAUAGUCAUAGGGGCAAUCCAUGCAGGGGAUCCGGUAGAUUACAUUAGAAUCUCCCGCCUCCAAGCAAUCUUUACAGUGUCUUCAUUUGUCUUUGUACGGUAGCCUCCGGUCGGUGUGUGGUGCCCAAUUGCAGAUCUCGGAAGCUGCAUUCUAUUGCUUCCGAAAUGUUUUUGAUGUAUGGGAGGGUAUGCCCUAUGAUCAGUCUGACUAGGUGGCUCAUUGGCUAAGACGCUGAGCUUGUCGAUCAGAAAGGCUGGCAGUUCGGUGGUUCGAAUCCCUAGUACAGGUCUCCUGAGUGGGCAGGGGGUUGGACUAGAUGACCUCCAAGGACCCUUUCCAACUCCGCUACUGUUGUUAUUGUACCUUCUUUUUUCUUUUCUCUUCGCUUUCUGUGCAGGCAUCUUGUAAUUAAUUGUGGGUAUCCAUUACACCCAAAUUGUUCACAUAGGUAUCUUCUCUGCAGUUGUUUAGCUUGCUGGCUACUACAGUGGAUUGUCCUCCUGCCAUACAAGUGUUCAGACACAGCUUUUGUUGUGUGACAGUGGAUGGUUACUCUUGAAAUUAAGGAUCCGUGGUGUGUUGGUGGCCUUACGGUAAACUCUGGUUUCUAUAGGCUUCUGCUUUCUUCAUUAAUCUUCAAAAUCUUUUGCAUCCUUGUAUGAAUUUGUAUCAGAAGCUUGCUCACCGGUCCACCGUGCGUCAUAAAACAUCUCAUGUUUUUCAUAUUUUUAACCCUUGGUUUGAAACAUUCGUUUGGAUCGUUUCUCUUGGUGUCGUGUACUAACAACAAUACAUCCUUUUGCUGGAAAAAAAAAAUUCUCAUAAAUUAUGGCACAGUGUAAUAAUAUCAGAUAGCUACAUCCUCUCUCCCAAGCAUCCAUCUCUGUAUUAAUCAAUUUUUUCUGCAUUUAUGUAACACCCCAGGCCACUAACUAACUAUUAAGGCUAGAAAUGCACAACUCCACUAAUGAGCAGAACUUGAUACGAGCAACUAAGUUUGGCACAAGGUGCCAAAAGUGUGUCCUUUCCGUGAUCCAGUUAAGUGUGCUUUGCACAACGUGUCUAGCUGUUCCUUCCUCCUUUGUGAACUGGGAAGAUGGAAUUCAGUAGCAUGUGAGUGUCUUUCAGUGCAUUUCUCGUGAGGACGACAAACAUAGUUACAGAUACAGAUUAACAGUGUUGGAAGGGACCUUGUAGGUCAUCUAGUCCAACCCCCCACCCAAGCAGGAGACCCUACACCAUUUCAGACAGAUGGCAGUCCAUCCCUUCUUGAAAGCUUCCAGGGAUGAAGCUCCCACAACUUCCAAAGGCAACUUCUGUUCCAUCAAUUGAUUGUUCUCACUGUCAGAAAAUGUCUCCUUAUUUCCAGGUUGAACCUCUCCUUGAUCAGUUUCCAUCCAUUAUUCCUUGUCUGGCCUUCGGGUGCCUUGGAAAAUAGCUUGACCCCUUCCUCCUCUCUGGGGCAGCCCCUCAAAUACUGGAAGACUCCUCUCCUGUCUCCCCUGGUCCUUCUCUUCACUAGAGUAGCCAUGCCCAGUUCCUGCAACCGUUCAUUGUAUGUUUUAGUCUCCAGUCCCCUCAUCUUGUUUCAGGUCUUUCAAGAUGCGUUGCUCCAUUGGGCUGUGCAUGUUGUUAAGUUUGUUUGCGACCAGCAUUGUCGAUACCUUUGGUCUGAGGGCAUGUUUUUUCUGGCUCUUCCAUCUCUACUUGGUUGAAUAUGGGAUUUUUUUUUCAAUCAUCAAAUCCAUAAAUCGUCAUGUUGCUUUUUUUCUUCAUUUAGCAAAAGUCCAAUCAAGGUGUCCCAUCUUUUAAAAAAAUUGCAGGUCACGUUUUUCUCCUUGAUCAAAUUAUAGUCACAUUUUUGCGUUACUUCAGCUAUUUUUUUCCUUUUACGUCUUGUUUAAGCACAGAAGGGGAUAAUCGGAUAAUCUAAACUUUUAAAAAGUUCUUUUCCUGCUGUUCUGGGACAAAGAUGCCAUGCCUGUUGCCCGAGAAACAUUGUUUGAAAUAGUCUUUCCUACCUAACCUGGAUAGGUGGCUCAGUGGCUAAGACGCUAAGCUUGUCAAUCAGAAAGGUUGGCAGUUUGGCGGUUCGAAUCCCUAGUAUAAAUCUCCUGCGUGAGCAGGGGGUUGGACUAGAUGCCUCCAAGGCCCCUUCCAACUCUGUUACUGUUAAUCUGUCAAAUUGCCAGUUUUUGCUCUUGAGACUGUAAACUUCCAAUUUAAUCUCCCCACUUUGCUAAACCACUUGGUCUAUUCAGUGCUAACUUUCCUGCUAUCCUUAGUGACUUGAAUGCAUCUUAGCUGUCCAUGUCAUUCAGGAGAGAAAAUAGAGAAAGAAAGAAAGAAUGAAUGAAUGAAUCACUGAGCUUUGUCUCUCUCACACGUACAGACGGUAUUUUCUUAAUACUUGAAAUUUAACCACUGUGCUUGAAUGAAAGAACACAAAUAAAGAAACAAGGCAUUUUUUUUUAAAAAAAAACGCCAUAUUGGUGACUUUGUUGUUAUUAUUUUGUCCUUCUAGGUUUUCAAACUAACUGCAUGUAGCAUGAGACAUGAUUGAUUAUUAUUAUUAAUUUUUUUUGUUCGUUUUGUUUGGUGAGAAAAGUAGUUAUUUAUUGAGCGGUACACGUCAGGGAUUGGGGAACGUUUAAAACGAGGAGAGGGGAAAAAAAAAUGAGGAUGGGUCUCCCGUCCGCUUCCUUCCCUCUACGGGUUUGUGACUUGUUUCAGCAUUUUGUACGUAGCGUCUGAAUUUAGAUCCUUCAGUUUCACCGCCACUCCGUUCAUGUUUCGUGAGAAAGUACGUUUGAUUGACACUUGGCCUUUCAUUUUAUUUUAUUUUUUGUUGGAAAAGUGUUACGUGACUUCGCGUGGGUGUAUUCUUGCUUUCCGUUGUAUGACGCCGACUUCAGGAAAAAUAAAAAUUUGAUUUUUCA